GCUGCAUUUGUUUGCUUUCUUUAGCAGUUGAGUCAUGGAGACAAGCAGUUUCCAGAGCCAGUUGUUGUCCGUGGUGGAGGUCCUGGCCCAGGCUGCUGUGGCGGAGAUAAACCGGCGUGUGGAUGAUAGCUGCGCGGUGCUCCGGCUGGAGCUGAGCCAGAGCCGGAGGGACAUCGAGCUGCUGAAGAGCAAGUGUGAGGUGAUGGAGGCAGAGCUGAGGAGGAGCAGGAGAGCCAGGAGAGUUUGCAACAUUUCUGCAGACGAGACAUUUUCCUCUUCUGCGGAGGUUUUAACCAAUCAGAGGUCCGACUGGGACAGACAGGUGGAGUCUCCGAAUACACACCAACAGUGUUCAGACAGUAAACUUAACAUUGAAGCUGAAAACGUGCUGAUCAAGCAGGAAUGUGCAGGGGAUGCAUGGAGGAGCGAUGCACAGGAUACACAAAGUAAAAAGUUGCAUUUACGGCAUAAAGUGGUUAAAAACUUGUAUUUUAAGAUGCAUUUCCUGGUUCUCCCUUCAGUUUCUGAAACUGAGCAGCUGCCGUGUUUCAGCGCCACAGAGCCGACUCAGACGGAGAGCCUUCUAGAAAGCUACCGCUCACCUGGAAACUCUGCAGACGACUACAGCAACACGCUCCCAGAGCAGCAGCUCAGCAGAAACCUAAAUGAGGCUGAAUUUUUUGUGAAACACGAGACUGAAGAAGAGCCCAGAGAGAACGCUGCUCCGCUCAGCUCUGGUGGUACAUCUGUGACAGAGGAAGCUGACGCACGGUUGUGGCCAAUCAGAGAUGAUCCAAGCACCUCCUACGCUUUAUUUGGGUCUCAGGACAGAUCACAGGACGAUACGAUCCCCAAAAUUCACGUGGAGGAGAAAUUUCAUUCUGGGCAUCUGAACUUGAUGAAGGCGAAGAGACGAGUAAGAAGUUUUGGAUGUAGGAGACCGCAAACAGAUCAAAGACUCGGCUCUUUGUCCCAGAGUAAUUCAAGCUCCAUUCCUCAACAAUCACAGGAUCCAUGUAGAGACGAGACACUACACGAGGAGAAUCCAAAUUACAUGGUGGCGACAAACAGCACCAUCACUGCCUUCUGGCAAAGCUGCAGCAGCUUCAACCCAGCGAGGAGGAUGAGGAUGCCCCAGAGGUCCGGCCUCGGCGAGAAGAGGUUCACCUGCUCUUACUGCGACAAAACCUUCACGAGGUUCGGCCAGCUCAAAGAGCACAUGAGGAGUCACACGGGUGAGAAGCCAUUCAGCUGUAAGCAGUGCGGCCGCAGCUUCACCAAGCAGUGCAACCUGAUCCGACACGCGGUGGUCCACAGCAGAGAGAAACCGCACGAGUGUUCGCUGUGUGGGAAGUGCUUCACGCAGCGCUCCAGCCUCACAUCGCACCAGAAAACGGCACAUUAACGCACAUUCCUCUUUUUCUGGUCGUUACUGUAGGUCACUUGUUUAUUUAUGUGUUUAAAUGUGUUCCUGUGUUAGAUGGAAAAAUAAAACCACAAGCAAAAGGAAUCAAAGAGUCGUAUUUGUGUCAUUUGAUAAACAUUUACAACUUCUAAGCUUUGGAGUCAACCCAAUCCAACAUGGCCACCAUAGCUGAUCACAAUCAUGAGCAAAUGCAGAUGGUCAAAGUAUCUAAGACUCAUUCCUAAAACAUACUCUUCUUGUUACUUGAUAGCACAGCAUUUUGCAAUAUGACCCAAGAUGACACAAAUUUAAAGAUUUGACCAAAACAUCAGAAUGAAUAAAUCGCUUUGAUUAAACCCGUCUGGCAAAAAAUUCAGCUAAACGAUCUCAAAAAGCAACACGUCGUACCCCGUUCUAAAGAAAAGCAAGAACUAAAUAAUCCAGAACGUUCAAAACCCUGCAGGCCUCACUUGGUUAAGGUUAAAGGUCAACAACAAGAAAGACUUUCACAGGGAAGUCCCCAUGCUGAAACCUCUGAGACAAAAAUGCCACAAGGGCCUGUUCCACAUUUAGAAAGGAACACUAAUAAUUCCCAAGAGAAAAUAUUCACAAUACAAUAGUGAAACUUUCUGAAGUGUGUCCCGUCAGCUGCUGCUUAGCAACAGCCGGGCAUGGUGGUGUUAGUGUGAUGGCAUGUGGCUGCUUCAGCAGCAAUUGAUGGUACCACGAAUUUUCUUCUGUGGCAGAAAAUCCCAAAGGAAAAUGUCUGACCUUCGACCUUUACCAGAAAGUUUAUGGUGGAAGAAACUCUGAUGAGGCUAAAUUGAAACAAAUUGUACAAAACAAGCCCCAAAAGCUACUAGAGACUCAUCAUGACAAACAUUUGAGUCUCCAAGCGCAUUACAACCAGUGAGAGAUCACUGUUAAAUCUGACCUGAACAAUCAGGCGCCGCCGUUUCAUGACUGACCUCAGAUCUCUGCGUUGCUUCGUUGGGAUGUGAUGUCAUCAGUCAUCUCUGAAAACAACUUCUUUAAGAUGUCUGAAAAGC